UUGAUGAUUUAUUUUGGAUCUUACAUCAAUAUUUGUGUAAAUAUUUAUUUAAUUUAUUUAUUUGUGGAUGGAGAUGAAGAAAUUGAUCCCGAUUUGAUAGUGUAUAGUUUGGUUUGGAUAGCAAUGCACGCUUCGAAAAUGUAUUUAAUUUUAUACUACAAUCAAUUGAUAGUAUUUCAGAAGGAACAUAUUAAUCGGAUUCUAAAUAAUGUCCAUCCGCAUAGUGAACAAAUGGAAAUUACGUUACGAAGAUUCCUUCUCCAACUGAUGGCCAAUUCAAGAGCUCAUGUUGUUUGCAAUAUUAUGGAUUUAAAUUUGUCUGUUGUAAAAUCGCUUCUCGUCAAUGCCUCAGUUCUGAUAAUUUUCUUAAUUCAAUAUGAUGUCACUUUUGAAGCUCUUAACACACAUACUAACGCUCCAACACCAACAGUUUAAAUAUUUUAUCAUACAUUUAUGCAUAGUUAAAAAAAUCUUUGCAAAUAAAAAUAAUUUAUUCUAAGUUA